GGCCCUCCCCUCCCCUUCUCGACCGAUAUCCUUUCAGACGGGGCACGAGCUCGUGGGUUUCCUUCUUCUUUACCGCAGGCAGCGGGCGGGAAAAAGUGUGAGAAAGAGACAGCGAGCGACGGAGAUGAGGGAGAGAGGAAAGGGGGAGCAACCCACGGUGGACGAGCGGUACUCCCAGUGGAAGACCCUCAUCCCCGUCCUCUACGACUGGCUCGCUAACCACAACCUCGUCUGGCCCUCCCUCUCCUGCCGGUGGGGUCCGCAGCUCGAGCAAGCAACAUACAAGAAUCGUCAACGUCUAUAUCUUUCUGAGCAGACUGAUGGCAGUGUUCCCAAUACUCUUGUCAUAGCAAAUUGUGAAGUUGUCAAACCAAGGGUUGCGGCUGCAGAGCAUAUUUCCCAGUUUAAUGAAGAAGCACGUUCUCCCUUUGUUAAAAAGUUCAAAACUAUCAUUCAUCCUGGGGAGGUUAACAGAAUCAGAGAGCUUCCUCAGAACAGUAAGAUAGUGGCAACACAUACUGACAGCCCUGAUGUACUUAUCUGGGAUGUUGAGGUGCAGCCUAAUCGUCAUGCUGUUUUAGGCGCUGCUGACUCUCGUCCAGAUUUGAUAUUGACAGGACAUCAAGAAAAUGCAGAAUUUGCGCUUUCUAUGUGUCCUUCAGAUCCUUUUGUACUGUCUGGAGGGAAGGACAAAUUGGUUGUUCUGUGGAGCAUUCAAGAUCAUAUCUCCACGUUAGCAGAGUCAUCAGCUGCUAAAUCUCCUGCAACACCUGCAAGCUCAAGUGGGAAGCAGACUGCAAAAGCUGGUAAUGAGAAAAGCUCAGACAGUCCUACAGUUGGGCCACGAGGUGUAUAUCGAGGGCAUGAGGAUACUGUUGAAGAUGUGCAAUUCUGUCCUUCUAGUGCACAGGAAUUCUGUAGUGUUGGUGAUGAUUCUUGCCUCAUUCUUUGGGAUGCCCGAGCUGGUACUGGCCCAGCGAUCAAGAUUGAAAAGGCUCACAAUGCUGAUCUUCACUGUGUUGAUUGGAACCCACAUGAUGAAAAUCUUAUUUUAACCGGAUCUGCCGAUAAUUCUGUUCGUAUGUUUGAUCGCCGGAACCUAACUUCUGGAGGUGUUGGAACACCAGUAUAUAAAUUUGAAGGUCACAAAGCUGCUGUUCUUUGUGUGCAGUGGUCUCCUGACAAGGCAUCAGUUUUUGGAAGUGCUGCAGAGGACGGCUUGCUCAAUGUUUGGGAUUAUGAGAAGGUUGGCAAGAAGAAGGAACGUGUUGGAACAAAGAUGCCCAAUUCGCCUCCUGGUUUAUUCUUUCAACAUGCAGGGCACAGAGAUAAAGUCGUAGAUUUCCAUUGGAACUCAUCUGACCCAUGGACAAUUGUUAGUGUCUCUGAUGAUGGUGAGAGUACUGGUGGUGGUGGUACCUUACAGAUAUGGCGCAUGAGUGACUUGAUAUACAGGCCAGAAGAGGAGGUUCUGGCUGAGCUGGAAAAGUUCAAAUCCCACAUUCUGACAUGUACACCUAAUUCGUAAAUCUUCAGAUAUUGCUAAGUGAUAAACAGUAGGAUUUGCUGGAGCUGUUAAAUUUGAAAGAGUGCCUGUUUGUUUAGAGGUUGAUGAGCUUUUAUUCCGGAAACUUUGUAGGAUAAUUGGGAUAUUACGAGUGAUGUCGUUACUUCUGCUACUUAAAUACCAAUCUUCUGGUGACUAAAAUUUCUGGAUUGA